GAAAGAGGGAGAUGGAAGAAAUACGACAGGUUGCUUUAGCUUAUUACCACAAUUUCUCUGAAGAUGAAAGAUUUAAGGCAUACCGAGCUUUUAGGGAAAUGGAUUCAAAUGGUGAUGGGACAAUAACCAUCGACGAGUACGAGGAGAAUUUCGGCACCGACCACCGGGGCAGGUUCCGGGAGGUGGACACGAACGGAGAUGGGCAAGCUGGACUUUGAGGAAUUUAUCACUCUAUACUAUCUUGUCAACUCUGGGAUGGUUCUGUGUGAUGGCCAUGGAUGCAAAGUCAACUUCCUCAAGGGACUGUAUUUUACUUGCGUUGACUGCUUCAACUAUAGCAAAACCAACACUUUCGAUCUCUGCACCUCCUGCUACCGAUAUAGAAACUUCCUUCAUAACCACACCAACUUUUUGGAUAACCAUGUCUUAAUGCGUUGCAAGGCUGCAUACCUACAAGAUCAGCCAAGCUCGUCUGAUGAUCAAGCUGAUGAAUCUGAGUCUGAUGAAGAACCAAGCUCUCCUGAGCCUUAUGCAGUUAAAAGAUCUGUGUCUAAAAGACCAAGCUCGUCUGAUGAUCAAGCUGAUGAAUCUGAGUCUGAUGAUCAAGCUGAUGAAUCUGAGUCUGAUGAACCAAGCUCUCCUGAGCCUUAUGCAGUUAGAAGAUCUGUGUCUAAAAGACCAAGCUCGUCUGAUGAUCAAGCUGAUGAAUCUGAGUCUGAUGAUCAAGCUGAUGAAUCUGAGUCUGAUGAACCAAGCUCUCCUGAGCCUUAUGCAGUUAGAAGAUCUGUGUCUAAAAGAAAGGUCGCAAUGAAAGUAAUUCGAGGAUUGAAUACUGGUGUGACCGUUGGACAAUUUGUUGUUGGUGCCGCUGGUCUGUGCAGCAUUAUGUGAUUGAUGGCAGCUUCAUCUUUC